CCUCAACUUCUCCAUAAUCCUUCAUUUUUAUUUAAUCAUCGCAUGCAUGUGCCAUCACCCGAGUGAGCCUCGAUGCGAUUUGCAAAAAGAAAAGCCACAACCAUCGCAUCCGCACUAAGUAUCGCCUGCAGGAACGAGGAGUCAGUCAAACCAUCAGCCGCACCAGCUGAAGCAGCUGCUCGACUCGGUGACAGCAGGCUGGCAGACACCCCGCUCGUACUCUAUAAGAGGAUGCUGUACCCCCUGGCCCCCCGUCACCUGCAGUCAACCGCUUCAUCAACCAUCGAGUAACGACCCAUCGAAGCUCGUGAUCAUGAAUCCGGAGUUCCUUCUCGCGUUCGUCUUCGUCUUCGCAGCCGUGGCAGUGGCAGUGCCACAGGCCACAACAGCCGCUACGGACUUUCCGGGGUGCGCCUACGCAUGCAUCAACACAAUGAUGUCAGUGACGGCCUGCGGCAUAAACGACAUCAAGUGCCAGUGCGCUGAUCUCGAGGCCCUCCGCUUUACCUACCAGUGCAUCGCCAACGCCUGCAGCACAGCGGACUUCAACAGUUCGUCACCCUCCGCCCUGCCUCCGCCGCUGCGUACCUCCUGCCGAUGCAGAUGGAGAUACAGAAACUACAGCUUCUGACGUGACGUGAACUUUAGAGGCCCUGAAUAUCGACAUAGCCUUCUGCAAUCUAAAAGGCCAGGCAAUAACGGACUCGGCCGUAGCCUACAUCACCGGCGGUCUCACUCGGACCAGCGCACUGCCCACCGCCACCGCCACUUCCAACACUGCCGCAACACCAUCAUCACCAUCAUCCUCGGGCAGCGGGGGCAUUUCCACCGGCGCAAUAAUCGGCAUCGCUCUCACCGCCGCGGUGAUAAUCGUCGCUUUCGCGAUCGGGGCGUUCCUUGUGCUGCGGCGCCGGCGCCCCGCAACUGGCGCUGCCGCCUCCGCCU